CCUGCUGAGAGAUUUUAUCGAUAUUUUUUUGAAAAAAAGUAGAUAAUAAGCCUUGUCGAAGAUUUUAGAAGGAUAUAUGAAACGGAAUUCAGUAGUAUAAACAUUACUCUUUAAACUUUUGGAGGUGAUUAUGCGUGUCCUUCUUUUUAAAAGGAUUAUCUUGCUUCUCAAAUGGUCGCUGACUCUACUCAUAUUGGCAUUGUAUAAUAACUUACAACAAUGGAUCCUCAGAGUGCAGGACCUCACGUUUUGGAAGCUCUCAAGUGUGCUUGUAGUCAAGACACAAACAUCUUAAAACCAGCUGAACAACAACUCAAGUCGUGGGAGACAGAACCUGGGUUUUACAGCAUUUUACAGUCUGUCUAUUUGGACCAUUCUAUCGACACCAACAUUAGAUGGUUAGCCGUUGUCUAUUUCAAGAAUGGAAUUGACAGAUACUGGAGAAAAACAGCACCAAAUGCCAUUCAGGAGGAAGAAAAGACCGCCCUCCGACAGAAAAUGAUUGGGAACUUCCUUGAACCUGUACCCCAGAUCGCAACACAGCUUGCGGUGCUCAUAGCCAAGGUUGCCCGCGUCGAUUGUCCCCGGAACUGGCCUGAGCUGAUCCCGACACUCCUGGAGGCCGUCAAACAGGAGAAUAAUCUCAUUUGUCUCCGUGCUCUCCUCACACUCCAUCACGUCAUUAAGAUGCUCGCUUCAAAACGCCUAUCAUCUGACCGCAAACUAUUUGAGGAGUUGACGUCUAACAUCUUCGGCUUUGUGCUCAAUCUGUGGAACACGCACUUGACUCACUUCUUUCAACUGGUUCAGACCGGAAGCAAAGACAACAUGGCCGCCAUGAUGAAAUGUAUCGAGUUUGCUACGAUCAGUUUAAAAGUUCUGAGGAAGUUGUAUGUGUAUGGUUUCCGUGAACCGCGAGAGGUUGAAGAGACGAUCACACUUCUAACCCUGGUGCUGGAGAAGAUGUCUCUGUUCCUUGAAGCGAAAAAUUCAAUGACAGCAAUCAAUGAUGGACUGCUGGAGAGCCGGGAAAAAUAUCUUAUAUUGUUGUCCAAAGUGUUGCUCGAUGCCCAAAUGAACCAACCUUUGUCUUUCAUUCCCUUCAUCCGGCCCUCUCUCGAGCUUCUCAUCCGCUACAACUUUACGCCAGCUGGCGAAGGUUGUCUUUUUGAACGCUUCAGCGUCAACUCAUUAGUGCUAAUUAAGGAUAUACUGCGUUCUGAUCACUACCGACCUGCAAAGACUAUAGAAGAAACCAAGAACCGUGAUACAAUAGAAGCCUAUAAGGUAAAGAUGGAUGUCUUCUCCGCUGGCACGCUGGCCGAGAUGGUGCGGGUAUUGAUCGGCAAGUACUUCCUCUACACAGUUGAUGACCUCACACAGUGGGAGGAGAGCCCGGAGGAGUUUGUCUCAGAUGAGAGUGGAGACUCGUGGAAGUAUAGCUUACGGCCCUGCACAGAAGUGCUCUUCCUGACCAUGUUUAAGGAGUUCAAAGAGAUGCUGACUCCUGUUGUGAUGCAACUCGUGAAGGAAUCUCAAGCACCCAUUGACCCUAACGAUCUGAAUGCGUUGCUGAAGAAGGAUGCUGUUUACAACGCAGUUGGAUUGGCAUCGUACGAGCUGUAUGAUGAGGUUGACUUUGACCAGUGGUUCAAGAGCUCAUUGAUUCCAGACCUACAGAGCACGGGGCGGAUGGUGAAGCUGGUGAAGAGACGAGUGGUGUGGCUCAUCGGCCAGUGGGUCAGUGUCAAGUUAUCACCGUCAUUAAGACCUCUGCUCUAUGAGAAUCUUCUGCCGUUACUGAAGGCAGAAGAAGAUUUAGUGGUCAGGAUAGAGGCUGCCAACACAUUGAAAUCAUCUGUCGAUGACUUUGAAUUCAAAGUAGAAGUGUUCAUGCCAUAUUUAGACACCAGUUUUGGUCUCCUGUUCCAAUUACUCAAAGAAGUGGUGGAGUGCGAAUCAAAGAUGCAAGUUCUUCAUGUGAUGUCAUUCCUAAUUGAGAGAGCCGAGAGGGAGAUAAAGCCAUUUGCUGGGUCGUUGCUGCAAUAUCUACCUCUGUUAUGGAGGGCGUCUGAGGAACACAACAUGUUACGCUGUGCUAUUCUCAGCACACUCAUUCAUCUUGUAGAGGGCCUCGGCACGCUGAGUGUGAAUGCGCAUGACUUCCUUUUACCUGUGAUACAGCUUAGCACAGACGUCACCCAGGAGCCACACGUUUAUCUCUUAGAAGACGGCUUAGAUCUGUGGAGGACAACAUUACAUCAUUCUCCCAUGAUUACACCAGGUUUACUAGAGCUUUACAAAAACAUGCCUGAGUUGCUGGAACUAGGCACUGAAAAUUUGCGUACGUGUCUCAAGAUCAUUGAAAGUUAUCUCUACCUCAGCCCGAAGGAAUUCCUCGGUGCAUAUUCGGCGUCAUUGUUGGAGUCAUUGAGGAGCCUCACCACGGAUAUCCGCCCCGAGGGCCUCGUCAUGGUGAUGAAGAUCGUCGAGCUUGUGUUCCGUUUGUUCCCAGUAGAGGGCGCCCAAAUAUUCCAGUCUUUGCUUCCAUCGGUGCUACAAAACAUAUUGGAGAAGGAGGAGUAUCCCAUUCUGAUGGCCGUCUACUUAUCAAUCACGGCAAGAAUCCUAUUACAAAAUGCCGAGUUUUUCUGGCAGUUCAUCGAGCAGUUUAGUCAAAGCCAUAACGUAGAUUCUUACACGACCCUGUCGUCAUUAUUCGACACAUGGUUAGACAGAGUCGACAACAUCAUCCAACCUGAACGACGGAAGCUGACAGGACUCGCUCUUGCAUCAAUUAUUACAUUAGAUCUAAAUGUGGUGCUGGAGAAGUUUGGUGCGAUCAUGGCCAUCUUGGUGGAAAUUCUCCAUGACGUCUGCCGAUUGCAGGAUGAAGGAAACUGCAUUCAGAUUGAUUGUCUUGUGAUGAGAGAUGAUGAUGAAGAACCAGAGAUGGACUCGGAGCACGAGAGGCGCAAACAUCUGGCAGCCCGCCAGGACCCUGUUCACUGCGUCUCGUUGAAGGAUUACGUUGCCUCACAGCUGAACACGUGCCAACAAAUGCAUGGACAAGAAUCGUUUCAGCGUCUCAUGUCGUAUGUUGACUCGGAGGUUGCACAUCAGUUGAAGUUUCUGCUGCGAUAGUGACUUUAAAUUGCUGACUGAACUAUUCUGGACUACUAUUAUACUCAGGCAAGGUGAUGACCUGCUGUGUAGAUUGGUUGGGAGGACACUGCUGCAGGGGACAUUAAGUGUCUGAUAUGACUACAUAAGGCUUGUGUUACUACACGAUGCAUGGUUCUCUCAACACGGGAUGAGGUAUCAGCGUGUAUUGAAUAACUAACAAGGUGUUUUACAAUUGUGGUAGGUGUAUGUUCUUGGUGUACUGAAUGCAGAAUACCUUGGUAUAUUGUCUAGGCGUAUGUUCUUGGUGUACCGAAUGCAGAAUACCUUGGUAUAUUGUCUGGUGUUCUCAAUAUUUGUUGAGUAUUUUGGUUCUCUUCCUGCAGAAUGUUGGUAUCAAACAGUUUCCUGGCCGUUGUCAAGCAGAACAACCACAAAAAGGUCAACAUAUAUUUUAUGACUUGUUUUUAUGUUGAUGUCAGCCUACAUAUAAUGUUUUAAUGUUCAGGGCAAGUCAUCAGAAAUAUGGCGAUAUUUUAUGCCUGUUAAGUCGUCCAUGGUGUGUCUGAAAGAUAUGUUGUUCUUAUCGGGCAAUGUCAAACAUGUCUGUCACGUGCCAUCCCUUGAAACCCCUGCUUUGCUGGUGUCAUUAAAGCCACGCUUUGGUUGUUCAAAAUUUCAAAUAUUCAUUUCUUUUCUGAUAGACUAUGUUAGAUGGUGCUGCCAUCCUGUGAUAUGGUGUGGAACUACCAUGCCAGUACAAACAAAGGUGGAUUUUGUUUGACUGAAAUGAAAUGAUUUAUUGCAUCUAAAGUUACCUCAAUUAUCAGAAGCUUCAGAGCAAGAAAUCAUUCAAAUACUAGAGUAAAGGAAUUUGAGCAUGAAAGCUCGAAUGCAAUGUAUGGAGCAAUGUCUGUAACAGCCAAUAUUUUAUUUAUUUUAUGGGUUGAUGUUGAUUGCUUGGGUGGAAUGUUGAAAGUCGUUGUUAAUUGUGCUUUCCUCGCUCACUUUCAAGGAAACGGGGAAAAGUUGGAGUGAGAAUUGGUUAUCAUGACUGUGGGUAUCUGAAUGGGACACCUGAACUUUCAAACGUGCAAAACCAGAGUUCAUUGGUGCAAUUGUCUUGUAACAUUUGUUUUGCUGUCAAAAUGCUAAUUUUCAAAUAAAUAUUCUAUGAAAAUACAA